UUUUGGGGGGUGACUCCGGGGCCCGGCAAACAAGAUGGCGUCUGCGGCGCCCGCGGGCAACGGCGUCGGCGUCGUCAUCGUCGCGGCGUUGGUGGCCGCGCUGCCCCACGUCGGAGCUUUUAACAUCCACCCAGCCCCACAUCGGGUCCUGACCCACAGCGGCAGCCGAAGCUUCGGGCACCAAGUGCUGCAGAUCGAGGGAGGCCGGAUCGUGGUGGGUGCCCCGGCGGAGGCGGGGGAGGGGGGGCGGCUGUUCCAGUGCCUGGUGGAGAGCAGAGAGUGCCGGGAGGUGGCGGCGGAAGGGAACACCACCCACAUGGGCAUGGCCUUGGCCCGCGACGGUGACAUCACCAUCGCCUGCGGCCCCGGUUUGACCCGCGAGUGCGACCGGAACGUCUACACCAGCGGCCUCUGUCUUCUCCUGGACCCUCAGCUGAAACCCCAGAAGGUUCUGGCGCCCGGAUACCAAGGGUGCUUGCCGGGGAUGGUGGAUCUGGUCUUCCUCUUCGACGGCUCCAACAGCAUGAGCUCCGAGCAGUUCGGGGCCAUCCGGGACUUCAUGGUGGACGUGAUGGAGAAGCUGGAGAACACCUCCAUCCACUUCGGGGCGGUGCAGUUCUCGGCGGGGGUGCAGCCCCAGUUCUCGCUGGGGGAUUACGCGGCGUCGCCCCACCCCCGCCGGCUGCUGGAGGGGCUGCGCCAGCUGCGGGGCCUGACCGACACCUUCAGCGCCAUCGCCCACGUCGCGAAAACCACCUUCACCCCCGAGCAGGGGGCGCGGGCGGGGGCCAAGCGCGUGAUGAUCAUCAUCACCGACGGCGACGCCACCGACGAGGACAACGGCAGCGUCAGGGAGGCCGAAGAGCGCGGCAUCAUCCGUUACAUCAUCGGGGUCGGCAACAACUUCAACAGCCCCGACACCCGCCUCUACCUCAGCCAAUUCGCCUCCCGCCCCAGCGCCGAGUUCGUCAAAGUCCUCGACAGCUUCGAGAAGCUCCGGGGCCUCUUCCGCGAGCUGCAGGCCAAGAUCUACGACAUCGAAGGCACCAGCGACCUCAACCGGUUCCACCUGGAGCUCUGCUCCAGCGGGAUGAGCGUCCAGGUUGUCCACGGCCGACGAGUGACGGGGGCGGUGGGGGCCGAUAAUUGGGCCGGGGGGUUGGUGGAGCUGGAGGUGGACAAGGAGAACGAGACGUUCGUGGCCAGCCCGACGUUGGAGGAGAACGUGACGGAUACGUACCUGGGCUACGCAGUGGCCGGGCUGCACGUCCCCGGCCGGGCGCUGGUGGCCGCGGGUGCCCCCCGUCACCAUCACAUCGGCGCCGUCGUCCUCUUCGAGGUGCCCGAGGACACCGGGAGCUGGCGGGUGCUGCAGACCUUCUCCGGGGAGCAGGUGGGUUCGUACUUCGGGGCCACCCUCUGCGCCCUGGAUCAGGACGGGGUGACGGUGACGCUGUUGGUGGGUGCCCCCACCUACUUUGACGGGCGACGCGGAGGACGGGUGCACCUCUACCGGUGGCAGAAGGAUGCCCUGGAGCUGGCUGGAGAACUUUGGGGUUCCCCGGGUCACCCCUUGGGACGUUUCGGGGCAUCUCUGGCCGCGUUGGGUGACCUCAACGGUGACAACUUCCCCGAGGUGGCCGUAGGUGCCCCCAUGGAGGACGAUGACCGAGGAGCCAUCUACAUCUUCUUGGGACAACCUGGGGGGCUGGAGAACCACUACAGCCAGCGUCUGGAGGGGCAGGUGGUGGCCCCGGGGCUGCGGUUCUUCGGGCAAGCGAUGGACGGCGUGAAGGACCUGACGGGGGACGGGCUGGUGGACCUGGCCGUGGGGCUGGAUGGACACGUGGUGGUGCUGAGGUCUCGCCCGGUGCUGAGCGUCACCCCCGAGGUGACCUUUGACCCCGCCCAGAUCCCCACGCGGGCGGUGGACUGCUCUGACGUCACCGGCACCCGCGUCACCCUGCGCCUCUGCGUCGCCACCCGCCUCGACACCCCCAGCUACACAGGUGACCUCACCACCCCCCUCCAGUUCCGCCUCGAGCUGGACCCGCAGCGCGCGCGGGGGAGGGGCGACUUCGGGGACGGGCAGCGGGGGAGGGGCGGGCAGCUGCCGGCGGGGGAGGGGCGGAGCUGCAAGGACGAGCAGCUCAGCAUCCCGCCCUGCCUCGAGGAUUUCAUCACCCCCAUCCGCGUCUCCAUCGCCGUCUCCCUGCCCCACGGCGACCCCCAGGGCCCCAUCCUGCGCCCCGACACCCCCCCGACCUGGACCGAGAUCCCCUUCGAGAAGAACUGUGGGGCAGACGAAGUGUGCGAAGCCGAUUUGGGGGUCAGGGAGUUACCGGGGGGGGCGGCGAUUUUGGGGGUCCCCGGCGCCGAAUUUGGGGUUCGUUUGGUCGUGGGGAACGCGGGCGAAGACGCUUAUGGGGCAGCCCUACAACUGCAGCACCCCACGGGGCUCUCCUUCCGAAGGGCUCGGGCCACCCAGGCCGCCGCUCCGGUGUCCGUCAGCUGCCGCGACCCCGAGGUCUCCGUGGGGCAGCCGUGGGGCCUGAUCUGUAACGUCAGUCGCCCCGUGCUACGCGCCGGUUGGCAGGUGAUGGUGGAGCUGAUGUUCGACAUUCUCCAAAAUUCCUCUUGGGGGGAAAACGUGGGGCUGACGGCGACCGUCAGCAGCGAUAACGAGCCCCCCGGCACCCUGCGGGAUAACUCGGUGUCCUGGAACGUCUCGGUCCGCUUCGCCCUCAGCCUCGUCGCUACCUGGCAAGACGACUCCACCCCCUACCUCAACUUCAGCUCCCGCCGCCCCGAAGACAAGAUGCUGCAGCAUCGCUAUAGGCUGGACACCCUCCUUCCUCCGCCCCACGGCAGCCCCCAGCCGGAGUUGACCGUCUACGUCCUCGUGCCCCACACGCUGCCCCACAAGGUGGAGGUGCCUGCCCCCAAAGUGCAAAUGGAGCCGGGAGGUCCCUGCAGCACCAUGGGGCAGGAGCUGGUAGACGCCGUGGGGCAGGAGCUGAGCCGGAGCAUCGCCGAGACUUGCUCCACCCCCCAGCUCCGCCCCUUCCGCUGCCCCACGGCGCCGCUGCCCCACGGCGUCACCGUCACCCUCAGCGCCACCCUCAGGCCCCCCCGCGACAUCCAGAGCCCCGCCCGCCCCCGGUUUUGCUCCGCCCUCUGGGUCGUGGCCCCGCCCCGCUUCGAGGCCACGCCCCAAUUUCUGCGCGCGCAGGGUUUCACGGAGGUGGAGCUGCUGCACGAGGUCGAUCCGCUCCCCAUCUACGUGGGGGGAGGGGUGGGGGGGCUCCUCCUCCUCCUCAUCAUCAUCCUCGGCCUCUCCAAGUGCGGAUUCUUCAGGAGGAAUUACCGGGAGCGGCUGGACCAGGAGGGGGAGGGGCGGGAGGGGGAGGGGCAGGAGGGGGAGGGGGAGGGGCAGGAGGGGGAGGGGCAGGACCCCCCGAGUGGGGAAACCGCGGGGGAAGGGGAGACCCCGCCCUGA